GGUCGCUUCCAAAUUCGCAUUCACACGGCAGUUACAAGCAUUUGCUGCGUGCUUCAUCUCUCUCUCACACACACUGCUUCAAAUUUGAUUGCUUCCCCCCUUCCAUUUUUGUUUUUGUAUGCUGAUUCUAGUCGUCGUCGAUUGCCAUUGCCCGUUGCUCUCUUUCUACGGAGCUGAUUUUUCUGUGUCAGGAAUUUGAAGUUUCUGCAGGCUGCACUUUGUUUGCUAUUGAAAGGCCUCCAAAUUCAGUGGUUUACUACAUACAGUGUAGUGCGACUUAAUUCAUAUGCAUUUUGUUGAUUGUAAGUUGUAACAACAGUAAACACAUUGUGAUGAUAUCCGGCGGUUCCAGUAGAGUAGAGAGAGCGUUUAUUGGAGAGAUGCUGGCUAUGGAGUCAUGCCCUUCACGGGUUUUAUCUCAUUUCCGCGAUGAGAGCUGUGACGAAGAGAUGGCCGUUCUUCCCAGGCAUACAAAGGUUAUUGUCACAGGGAAUAACAGAACAAAGAGCGUUUUGGUGGGCUUGCAAGGAGUGGUCAAGAAGGCCGUUGGUCUUGGUGGUUGGCAUUGGCUGGUACUGAAGAAUGGUGUUGAGGUGAAGCUUCAGAGGAAUGCUCUGAGUGUAUUAGAACCGCCUACUGGAAAUGAAGAAGACGAUGAAUAUGAUUUUGAUGAUUCAAGCAGUGGCUCUGAUAUGGGGGAAAACCAUCGCCGCUUCUCUUAUGGGCUUCACUUGAGCAAGACAAACAAGCCAAAAGUUAGGUAUAAUAUGCAGUGGUCAACAUCCACAGCAACAACAAAGUCGAUGAACCAUAGCAGUUGCAGAGAGGUUCAGUCCAAUUUUCGCGCUGCACAGUUGAGAGUUAAUCUGGCAAAACUUGGGACUGGAUCAUUAUGGAGAUAUUGUCGAAGCUUCCACAUCGCCAAUAUCAGCGCUCACCCUACGAAGGAACAACUCAUCAAAGCUGUCCAGCAGCAUUUUUCUUCGCAGGUCUCCUCUUUUGCACUCAGCCCGCAAAAAUAUAGUCAGAUAAAAUGUUACAUACUCUAUGGGAAAAGAUGUAAUUUCUCGAACGUUUGCUUCUACAGAAAGUAGACGAGGUACAAGUGAUUGUGGAGUUUAUUCGUGCGGCCAGGAGACUUCAGUAAGUUAGCAAAGAUUUAUAGAGGCUGUAAUAUAUGGAGCAUGUAUUUAGUAGGUAGUCUACUCUUAUUGACCCUAGCUUUUAGUUUAACCUCUAAUUAUUCACUGGCACUGCUGAUGUAGAGUCUAUGACUGUGGAUGUCUGGAUUGCUAACCAUGCAAUAGGGGGUUUGGUUUGUUCACUCAA